AUGUCGGCUGCGGAGGCGGAACCGAUCGCCGCGCGAAGCAGCGCGAAGGAGGAGAGCGAAGAGAAAGCGGAGGAAAGACGGGGAAUUCUGGGAAGAGACGUGGAGCGGUUGGAAGCGGCAUUUGCGGUGGACUCAACUGUCACUAGCGACAGCGCAGGCGAAAAUGCGGGCGAAACCGAGGAGCUCGUUCGGCUUCGCGAGGCGCUACGUGGAUUCCGGAUGCCCGCCGAAUGGGAGCCGCACGAUGGGUGUUGGAUGAUCUGGCCCGAGCGUCCCGACAACUGGCGCGACGCAGCGGUGCCAGCUCAGCAGGCGUUCGCGGCGGUGGCGGCGUGCAUCAGCCGAUUCGAACCCGUGCGCAUGCUGGUGUCGGGCGCACAGGUGCGCGCACGCGCGGACCGGGGAAGGGGAGAGAAAGGGGGGGAAGAGGCCAUGGGGGAAAGGUGGGCUGGGCAGGGGAGGGGUGGGAGAAACGAGGAGGGAAGGGUCGGGUGUGAGAGGGAGUGGCGGAACGCGCGGCAGCAGCUGCCGGCGUCAGUGCGCGUGAUAGAGAUGAGCAGCAACGACGCGUGGGCCAGAGACAUAUGCCCCACUUUUGUGGUGAAGGACCUGCCAGGUGGCGAACAACACGUGCUGAGAGUGGGUGUUAUGCAUCAGAUGGCGGAGCUCAUACCUACGUGCAUGCGCCACCGCACCUCACUCGUCAUGGAAGGUGGCUCCCUGCACGUGGACGGUGAAGGCACGCUCAUCACCACGGCGCAGUGCCUGCUGCACCACAGCCGCAACCCCGCUCUCUCACGAGCUGCCAUCGAGGACCACCUCUGCGCUCUCCUGGGGGUCUCCGCCGUCAUCUGGCUCCCCCGGGGCCUGCAAGGUGACGAGGACACGGACGGGCACGUGGACAACCUGGCGUGCUUCGUGGCGCCCGCACACGUGCUGCUCGCGUGGACUGAUGAUCCCUCCCACCCACAGUACCCAGUGUGUCAAGCAGCCUAUGAGGUGCUGUGCUUGGCUCGGGACGCCAAGAACCGCCCCCUGCGCAUCACCCACCUGCCGCUGCCCCCCUCGCUCCACUACUCGCACCAAGACGUGCAGGGUCUCGCACAGGAGGGGGCCCACGCCCAGCGCCAGGCAGGGGACCUGAUGGCAGCGUCCUACAUCAACUUUUACCUCCCAAACGGUGCGGUUGUGGCGCCUGCAUUUGGCAUCCCAUCCAGUGACCAGCGUGCGUUUGAAGUGUUACAAAAGGUUUUUCCACUCCGUGAGAGCAGGAGUGCAAUGGCGACGCAAAACCCCUUCGCGCUGCUUGAUGGAGACGACAAUGACGACCCCCAGGCCCUGCUGUCCCGCGUCGCGGCCGAACCUGUGAAGGUCGACGCGAGCAAGAAGGCUGGCGCUAAAGGCGCUAAGCCCGCCCCUGCUGCUGCUAAGCCUGCUGCUGCUACCACUGCACCUGCUCGCUCCGGCUACAACCGCGGAGGUCGCGGCGGCGGUCGCGGCGGAUACGGCGGACGCGGUGGCGACUACCAGACGUUCAACGAGCCGCGCGACAAUGGCCGCGCGUUCAUCGCGGAGCGCCAGGUUCGCGGGGAGGACGGCGAGAACCGCACGUCGUUCGACCAGCACCACCACGGCGACCUGCGGAGAGGCGGCGGAAGGGGUGGCCGCGGUCGCGGCUAUGGGCGCGACGGGGGCCAGCGCCGCCCGCACCGCGAGUUCGACCGCAUGAGCGGCACCGGCCGUGGCGGGGAGAUCAAGCGCGAGGGGGCUGGCCGUGGCAACUGGGGCAGGGAGGGCGAAUACCUUGGCGACGAGACUGUCGCGCCCGCAUCCGGGGAGGCGGAGCCGAAGGCGGAGGGCGAGGCGGCGGAGGCGGCGGCGGAGGUCGCAGCGCCGGAGCCCCCUGUGCUGAGCGAGGAGGAGCUCGCAGCCCAGGAAGCUGCGCGGAAGGAGAAGGAAGAGGAGGAGAAGCAAAUGACGCUGGAGGAGUACGAGAAGGUGCUGGAGGAGAAGCGCAAGGCGCUGGCCGCCAGCAAGGCGGCGGCGCGCGUGGUGGAGUUGGACGAGGAGAUGGCGAAGAUGACGCUCAAGAAGAAGCCCGAGGGCGACGACGUCUUUGUCAAGCUG